AUGAAGUGUAUCUUUAUUGCCUCGGAGCUGUGCGACGGAGGGGAACUGUUCAACGCCAUGAUCGAGGCUGGUGCGCUGACCGAGCAUUCGGCGGCACAUCUCUUCAAGCAGAUCAUGAGCGCGGUGUCCUACAUCCACAUGAAUAUGAUUUGCCACCGGGACCUGAAACCCGAGAACUUCCUUAUCUCCAAGAAGUGCGCCAUCAAGGACGGCAAGGUGAAGCUGAUCGACUUCGGCACGGCGAAGCGCUUCGACUUGGGGCCUUUGACCACCAAGGUCUGCACAGUGCACUACGUGGCACCAGAGGUCCUCAAGAAAAGCAUGGACCCUUACACCGAGAAGGUGGAUGUGUGGUCCGCCGGGGUUGUGCUCUUCGUGAUGCUGGCGGGCACGCCUCCCUUCCACGAUGAUGACGACGUGGAGCUUAUGAAGAAGGUGAAGAAAGCGAAGUGGUCCUUCAAGCCGGAGAAGGCCUGGGCCCGGGUCUCCGUUCUGGGGAAGGAGCUGGUGAGCCAGAUGCUGACCAAGGAGGUGGAUGCGAGGCCGCAUUCGGCGGAGGUCCUGGCAUCUCAAUGGUUUCGGCAGGAGGUCUUGCCAACGGACAGCAAGGUGGAUGAAGGCAACCUGGCCCAGAUGCGCACCUUUGUGGCCCAAAGUCGGCUCAAGAAGGUGGCCUUGCAGGUGAUCGCACGUCAGAUCUCUGACGACACCAUCGAGAAGCUCCGAGGCAUCUUCCUGUCUUUGGACGAGGACAACUCUGGGACCUUGUCAGCCCCUGUGGCAGCAGGCUUCCGGAAAUGGAUACAGGCUUCGUUUUGGGCUUUCCUUUUGGAUCCUGUUAGAACCAUCCAAGGUGGCCAACUGGGAAAUGCCCAAGAGUUCGGGAAAGAGAGCCGUAAUGGAUGGAUGGAACUAGGAGGGGCUUGCAGAAUAAGCUGGCGCCUGUACGGAUUUUGGGUGGCGAGUGGAAUCUAUAGAGAUCCACACUUGGGUUCAUGUUGCUUGCAGCGAGCAUCACCUAAGACGUGCCCUUGGCCCAAUUUGGAACUGGGCCCUACCCCCCUAAAUGGGCGGUUUGAAAGGGUGACUGCCUAUCUUACGGCGAGCUCGCCUGGAGGUCCACGAGGCCUUCAUGGGGUUCCUUUUCUGGGGGAUCCGAUUCUUAAGCCGGGUAACCCGCAGUUGGGGGUUUGGAUUGCUAGCUUGGGGAUUUGCACCCCUGUUUGGUAUGGGAAGCCAUUUCGCUUAACCUCCAAACUAUUCCAAACCAAUUGGAGGGAAGGCCAUUGCCAAAGUCGAUGUCGUUGA